AAAUUGGUGUCCAAACGGCUGUCCGCGUGUGUGAACAUAGUUCCCGGCAUUACAUCCAUAUAUCGAUGGAAAGGCAGCGUUGAGACGGAAUCGGAGGUAUUGAUGAUCAUUAAGACGAGAACCGAUCGCAUCCCAGACGUGACCCGAGAGGUGAAGGCCAGCCAUCCGUACGAAGUGUUUGAAUUGGUUUCAGUGCCCAUACAGACAGGAAAUCCUGAUUACUUGAAGUGGUUGUCGGAAUCGGUGGACAGGAAGCCGAUUAUCGCAGAUGAAGAUGUGGCGCCGAUUGUCAUUACGACUGUCAUUACGGCGGGCAUUGUUAUAUGUGUCGGCAUUUAUACUCUAUUCACACGAUAAGUGUUGCAUUCAAUUGAUAUUCAAUUUUGUGUUUUUUGAAUCAAAUAAAUGUUUUGAUCAUUAAAUGGUUUAUAC